UUGACGAGACACUGUUCACUGACUCCUUCCAGUACAUUUUAUUGUUGCGCAGUAAUCCGCAGUCCGGACCAGCUGUUGUGUUAAAUAAAAGAGUGACAGAAAGAAAAUAUUACAACACGGAGGGCAGGAACAGCGGUGGCCCUUUAUCCUGCUGUGUAGUAUUGUAAGUACCCACCAAACCACUGGACACGCCAUCUCAGCAUGCCCCCACGACCAUCUUCAGGGGAAUUAUGGGGCCUACAUCUGAUGCCUCCCCGUAUCUUGGUGGACUGCUGCCUACCGAACAGCAUCCUGGUCACUCUGGAGUGCUUGCGAGAGGCCACCCUUCUCAGCAUUAAGCGUGAUCUGUUCAGUGAAGCUCGCAAAUACCCGCUCUUCCAUCUUCUGCAGGAAGAAUCCUCUUAUAUCUUUGUUGGAGUCACACAAGAGGCAGAACGUGAGGAAUUUUAUGAUGAAACUCGUCGCCUCUGUGACCUUCGGCUAUUCCAGCCCAUCCUCAAAGUUAUUGAACCUGUAGGCAACCGGGAGGAGAAAAUUCUGAACCGUGAAAUUGGCUUUGCCAUUGGAAUGCCAAUUUGUGAAUUUGAGCUCAUGAAAGACACUGAAGUGCAAGAUUUCCGUCGCAAUAUCCUCACUGUAUGCCGGGAGGCCAUAGAGCAGCGUGAAGCAGGUGGUGCACACAGCCAGGCGCUAUAUGUAUACCCCCCCAAUGUGGAAUCAACUCCAGAACUUCCCAAGCAUAUAUACAAUAAACUGGACAAAGGACGACUCAUUGUGACCAUUUGGGUGAUUGUGUCUCCCACAAAUGACAAGCAGAAGUACACGCUGAAGAUACCACACGACUGCUUGCCAGAGCAGGUGAUUGCUGAAGCCAUUAGGAAAAAGACAAGGAGCAUGCAUCUGUCUCCUGAACAGCUGAGGCUCUGUGUACAGGAGUACCAGGGCAAGUACAUACUCAAAGUGUGUGGCUGUGAUGAGUACCUGCUGGAGCGGCUGCCUCUCAGCCAGUAUAAGUAUAUCCGCAGCUGUAUCACGAUAGGCCGACUGCCUCACCUGAUGCUGAUGUCUAAAGAUAGCCUAUAUUCUCAGCUUCCUGCUAAUGGAUUUCUGAUGCCUUCUUAUGGGCGACGGACCCCUCAACCAAGUCCCGCAGGCACUGCUAAUGGAGGUGCUGGGGAUUCUACUUCCUGUAGAUCUUUAUGGGCCUUCAACAGUCUACUGAGAAUCCGUGUCCUUUGUGCUACCUAUGUCAAUGUGAACAUUAGGGACAUUGACAAGAUCUAUGUCAGGACUGGAAUUUACCACGGAGGAGAGCCAUUGUGUGACAAUGUGAACACUCAAAGGGUGCCAUGCUCUAACCCAAGGUGGAAUGAAUGGCUGUCCUACGAUAUCUACCUCACUGACCUGCCUCGGUCGGCUCGUCUCUGCCUGUCUAUCUGCUCAGUGAAAGGUCGAAAGGGAGCCAAAGAGGAAUAUUGUCCACUCGCAUGGGGUAAUGUCAACCUGUUUGACUAUAAAGACACACUGGUGACUGGGAAGAUGGCCUUGAAUCUUUGGCCGGUGCCUCAUGGGCUGGAGGAUCUGCUGAAUCCAAUUGGGGUCACAGGAUCAAACCCCAACAAGGAGACACCCUGCCUUGAGCUGGAAUUUAAUUGGUUUGGUAACACCGUAAAAUUCCCUGACAGCCAACAGACAGAAGAACAUGCCAAUUGGUGUAUCUCCCGGGAGCUCGGAUACAAUUACUGUCUUGUGGGAGCGAGUAAUAGACUGGCAAGAGAUAAUGUACUCAGUGACAGUGACAUUGAUCAGCUGCGUAGUAUCUGUCAUCGAGACCCACUCUCAGAACUGACUGAGCAAGAGAAGGAUUUCCUUUGGCGGCACAGACAGUACUGUGUGAGUAUGCCAGAGAUACUGCCCAAGCUUCUGCUGUCUGUGAAAUGGAAUUCCCGGGAUGAAGUAGCCCAGAUGUACUGUCUGCUGAAGGACUGGCCCCUGAUGAAGCCAGAGCUGGCUUUAGAGCUGCUUGACUGUAAUUUCCCAGACCCAGUGGUGCGUGAUUUUGCCCUCAAGUGUUUAGUGAAGGGGCUGACAGAUGACAAGCUGUCUCAAUACUUGCUACAGCUGGUACAGGUACUUAAAUAUGAGCAAUACUUAGAUAAUCCACUUGCUCGUUUUCUCAUCAAAAAAGCACUGACCAACCAACGCAUUGGCCACUUCUUCUUCUGGCAUCUUAAGUCAGAAAUGCACAACAAGACAGUGAGUUUGCGGUUUGGUCUGUUGCUGGAGGCAUUCUGUCGAGCUUGUGGGAUGUACCUGAAACAUUUAAACAGGCAGGUGGAAGCCAUGGAAAAGCUCAUUAAUUUGACUGAUAUCUUGAAGCAGGAAAAGAAGGAUGAGCCACCAAAGACACAAAUGAAGUUUCUAGUUGAACAAAUGAGCCGUCCUGACUACAUGGAAGCUCUUCAAGGGUUUGUGUGUCCAUUAAAUCCUGUCCACCAGCUAGGCAAUCUCAGACUAGAGGAGUGCCGUUUUAUGUCGUCUGCUAAAAGGCCACUAUGGCUGAACUGGGAGAACCCUGACAUUAUGAGUGAGCUACUCUUCACCAACAAUGAGAUUAUCUUCAAAAAUGGUGAUGAUCUGAGGCAGGACAUGCUAACUUUGCAAAUCAUUAAAAUCAUGGAAAACAUCUGGCAGAACCAAGGACUUGACCUCAGGAUGCUUCCCUAUGGCUGUCUGUCUAUUGGUGACUGUGUGGGACUAAUAGAGGUUGUGAAGAACUCGCACACCAUCAUGCAGAUCCAGUGUAAAGGAGGCCUGAAAACAGCAUUACAAUUCAACAGCAAUGCACUUCAUCAGUGGCUUAAAGAGAAGAACAAGGGAGAUACAUAUGAUGCUGCCAUUGAUUUAUUCACCCGUUCCUGUGCUGGCUACUGUGUGGCCACAUUCAUCCUGGGCAUUGGAGACCGUCACAACAGCAACAUCAUGGUUAAGGAUGAUGGGCAGCUAUUCCACAUUGAUUUUGGACACUUCCUCGAUCACAAAAAGAAGAAAUUUGGCUAUAAACGGGAGCGAGUGCCUUUCGUGUUGACCCAAGAUUUUCUAAUUGUGAUCAGCAAAGGAUCACCGGAGUGCACAAAGACAAAGGAGUUUGAGAGAUUUCAGGAGAUGUGCUACAAAGCCUAUCUUGCCAUUCGCCAGCAUGCCAACCUGUUCAUCAAUCUUUUCUCUCUUCUGUUGGGGUGUGGCAUGCCUGAGCUACAGUCCUUUGAUGACAUCGCCUACCUGCGCAAAACUCUGGCCUUGGAUAAAAUGGAGCAGGAAGCCUUGGAGUACUUCACCAAACAGAUGAAUGAUGCUCACCAUGGUGGAUGGACCACCAAGAUGGACUGGAUCUUUCACACCAUACGCCACAUGCCUCUUUCUGAAGCUAGUCAUGACUGAAGUGGAGAUUCUCCUGAGGACAGUAACCCAGGGUAAUACUGCGUUGUCCUACCCCUCAGAGAUCUGGGGUGUCUCACACCACUAAUAUGUGCAAGUAGGCUAAAGUACCCAGAUUCUCACCAAAUCAACCAGUUUGCCACCUUUGUAGGUUUGGCAGUGAAAUUAUAACUGUAGCUACAUGGCUGAGCGGUAAGAAAUUGCACUGACCUUUGACCUCUGGAAGGUUAAAGAUAAGUGGGUCUGAAUUAGGUCUAUGCAUUGAGAGUCAGAAUGGCAUGGUGGGCUCUAUUUUAUAAGACAUUCUUAAGGAAGGAUAUUAUCUGGCAAUAAGUGGCUUCUGGAAAUGUCUGAAUCAGUGGUUUGGCAGACCUGACACCUUAGUAGAGGUGACUCUCAACUGAUGAACAGUCACCAUUCAGGACUGUGGCAUUUUGGGGGUCUCCUCAAUUUAUUGCUUUAAGCUUUGCUGACUCCUGUCAAGUCAGUAUUAGUGCCCACUGCAUGUGACUCUUAAGUCUUCUGUCCUCUGAGAUUUCACAGGCAAACAACAUAAUGAAGUCCUGGAUUGGCCUACUCUAUAGUUGACAUUUCUAAUAACAUCAGCAUGAGACAACAAUAAAGACAAUACCUUAAGGGGAGCGAUCAGAUGUUCUUCUGCUCCAGACCAACCAGUCAGUCAAACUUUCAUUUUAUAUAGCACCUUUCUUGAAAGCAUUGCCAUACAGUGCUUAGCAAAGCAGCUUAACCAUGCCAGCCGAGUGUGAAUGACCAUUUGCUAUUAUUGCAUCCUUCAGAGUCAGUACAAAGUGGUGCUAUAAUAUGAGUGGAGUUGGCCUUUGAUUGCUCAGGUGGUCUGAAGUUCACCUGAUCGGACUUCCUUCUUCUUAAAAGGAUCUGGUGCUGAAACAAUGGUAUGGAGGGAGUCUGCUAUCAGUAAAUAUACCCAGUAACUGCUUCAGUGAAUGAAAAAUAAAUAUUCCCACCAUCUCUGAACCACCCUGGACUGGACUCAAGACCUAACAAGUCCACAGCUCUCUAAAUUGAAGAUUUAGUGUAUUUUUUCCCCAAGAAGGCUUUGUCCUGGACUGCUGCCAUAGUACAGUUAUCAAGACCUUAAUUGACUGGCUCCUGUAAGCAGGACGAACUGGAGCAGCACGCCACCUGUAAGCCACUGUGCACUUGUCUCGCAUAGCAAUACUGCACUUUUCACCGUGUUUGUAUGUGUGUAGGCGUGAACACGCAGGCUGCACUGCUAAAAAUACUUGAAGAGUCGCGUGACGCGUAUUUUGUUGAGAAUAUUUUCUGUCAGUUUUUGUAACAUUAGAAUUCAUUGUUUGACUUUCUUGAUAUUCUUUGUUUCCGAGUUCUAGUGUUAAGUGUACAAAGUAAGAAGUGCAAAAAAAUGCCUAAAUCAUGGAGGGGUUUUGGUAUGUCGGAUUGUCAUGGUAUUCACCUGAUUUGCACAUCUUGAUAGCUGUAGUACUAAGCAUCUCCCCAAGGUGGUGCUAUACUUUUGGCAGUGUAACUGAGAUUAGAAUCACCCACCUCGGAUUUCUGAAGUUUCCUAAUGAGUGUUAAUUUUUAUUCCAAUCCUGAAUGUGCACUUAUGCAGACUCUGUAAUCCUUCCUGUGCUUUGUUAAGAGGUGUGAUCUAAACAUUUCACAUAGCUAUGCCCAAUUUGGGCAUUGCUUAUUAAUAAGGGCUCAUGAAGGAGCAAAGAAAUAGGUUUACUCAGAACAGUAAUAGUUCAUAAUUUUAAAUAUGGGGACUCAUGACUAGCAAUAAUUAAGGUCCUUAUGUGUACGGUACAAAGUACAAUGGGCGUAUACGGUUUAACUGACAAACAUUUUGGCUGAGCUCUCUUUGACUUCAUAAGGAGUGGCAUCUCUCUGCCUACCUCCUAUCACACUGUAAUCCUACCCACAAAGCCUGCCCUGGUUUACUAUGCACAAUGCAUCACAGACACCCGCCAUCACUAAUUUGUAUAUUUUGCAAACAGGUGUCUUGGGCUGUGAGGGUUGUGGGGGUGCUUUUCUCUUACAAUCAAAAUAUUUAAAUAUGGUUAUUUUUCUCUGUGCACCUCUUAACCUCCAUCUCCCCUUUGCUCAUAUAGUGCCUUUUGGUAUAAGCACCAUACCUUAGCACUCAUGAACAGCAUUAAGAGUGAGUCCUGCCGAACAUGUGUUUGAGACGUUGUGGCUUCCCCUGGUAUACUUGUAUUAUUCUGGGGUUGCUUCAAUCAUCCCGUAUUGAUGUAUUUUUGCACCUUUCGUAAUUUGCACUAUGACACAUCCAUCCAUUUAUAUAUUAUUGCACUCAACACAGAAUCAUCUUGAGUGCAAUAAUGGAAUGAGCCUCAGAGCGCCAGUCUGUUACAGGGCAUGCAAAAGCAUACCAAGCCAAUUUAGUGUCAUGCCUGACACUUUUGGAAAUUUUAUAAAGCCAGUAGGGAGACAUCUUCACGUCAACAGCAACUGAGCCAAGAAUCAAACCCAGAUUCCUAGAGCUUUGUCUGUUACCCUACCUGAUUGGAUCCAGCCAUCCAUUCGUUUUCUGAAUCAUUGCAUAGCUGAGCAGAGGCCACAUCUCUGCAGCCUUAUGUGUAAAGCAAGACAUAACUUUAGAUGAGGCGUAUCACUUGGCAGGCUUGUGCACUUAACCAGAUUUGCUCAUUCGGCUCAAUUUACAGUCAGUUUCCACCUGUACAUUUCCUGAAGUUUCUUAGUCAAAUACAUGGCUGAAGGGAGGCUAUCCCAGCAUCAAUAGGCUCAAUGCUGGACGUGCAUUCUUCACACAACACCAUCACAUUUUUUUAUGCAGUGCAUUUUAUAUUCUUGAUCAUAAAGGUCCAGUUUAGUGACGGCUGUCAACCUAAUAAAUGUAUCUUGGAUGGGAGAGAAAAUUAAAAUAUCUCUCAGAACAUCCACAUGGUGGCUGUGCACACCCCACAUAGGUAAUGGCUGGCCUAGUAAUCAAACCCAAGUGUUUGUGGCUGUGAGACAGCAGUACUAAAGUCUGGGCCAUAUGAACGCCCCACUUUCACAUGCUGAAUUGAAACUGAAAUCACAUUAAACAUUGAGGACUGGAGCAGUGUUGUUAAGAAGGCAGCACACAUGAUGAAAAUGCCAUCUUAUAUGUCAAGUUAACCAGAGCACAACUCACAUGUAGCUGGCCUCUUUGGUGGCUACUAAUGAAAGGGCAUCUCAGUUUAAAGAUUAGGUCUAUGCUCUUCAUUUGUCAGGUUUAAUCCAGGACAAAACACUCUUAAUAAUAAUCUAGAUACUACUUCCUUUGAAGUUGGGAUCUCCAAUUUAUGAACAUGUUCAGUUUAGCCUUUCUGUGAAGAUAUUGGAUUGGUUUAAUAUUUUUUAAACAUUAUCCCACUAUAGACCUCACCAGCUUAAAUAAAUUAAAAGUAGAGCGAGAAAGGGGAUCGUGUGCUGCAUUGCAUUUACCUUAGAAGUUAGAUGUCGGAGCUGUGAAUGACAGCACACCCGAGUUGACCACGUUCCAGUGAUAUGUUCGGUAAAUCAAUAUGGAUGCCUCUGGGAAAACCUGUUGUGCUUGUUCUUUCAGAACACAGACAACUGCUGAACAAGUUAAUAACAACACAUUACAUGGUAGUUUGCAUAUCCAAACACAGUAGCAACGUGUCCACAGACAGUUCUGUGUGUACAACUGAUUUAUCCAUCCAUCUAUCCAUAUUCCAACCCGUUGUAUCCUAACUACAAUGGGGAUCUGCUGGAGCUAAUCCCAGCCAACACAGGGCGCAAGGCAGGAAAAAAACCCUGGGCAGGGCUCCAGCCCACCGCAGACAACUGAUUUAAUGCGACACAAAUAAACAGAAGUAUUACUAAACAGUAAAAUACUACAGCUUUCACUUCUGUUGAUGCAUGAUGCAUCCAUCUUGGAUUUUGAAUUUGGGGUUGGUGAGACUCUCCUGACUUUCCAACUAGGAAAUCUGAGUUGUGGGAGCAUUCCAGUUGAAACUUUCUACUUGAAACUCGGAAAUUCAGAUUUCCCAAUUCAAAUGGAAUGCAGCAUUAAACAACAGUAAUUUGGAUGCAGUCGAGGGCAUUGGUGCAGUCAUUAAGCAGCACAGUCUCUUUCAUCCACUUGAACCUCUGCUUCAGGAUGUGCUUAAUACAGGGUAACCAUUUUUAUGCUUCAGAGUUUCUACAUCGCACACAACCCUGGCACUUGCCGCUUGAGGCUCUUCCAUUGCACACAUGGCACCACCACGCAAGAGAUGCAGUAGAUGGUGUAUCAUCUUGGGAAUGACAAUGAACAACGGCUACAUCAGAUGUCUUGACAAGCAUACAAGACAACCACUCUUCACCUAGCCACCUUUUGAAGACCCUAUUUCCAUCAUGGGGGAAUUUACACCUGCAGCAUUAAUAGGAAGAUAGGGCCAGUUCUAAAUGAGCAGCCAAUCUGAUAUCACACAGCCACAUUCAUUCUUUCAUCCAUGUUCAGAUUCCAUUUUGUCCAUUACAGGAGCCUAUCCUGGCAUCAAUGGGUGCAAAGCAGGAAUCGACCAUGAACUGGGCGCCAGACCACUGCAAAGCACACUCAUGAACACAUAUAGUCACUGCAGAGCCAAUUUUUAGUCACCAGUUGAAAGAAAACUGAAAAGUACAUAUUCACAUGAACAUGUAAAUGUCACAAAUACACAGUAGACUGCCGAUUAGAGUCUGUUGUGUCAACAUGCUACCCGCAGUUGUGGCCGUGCUUUAAAAAGUCUAAAGCUAACUGCCCCCAUUGGGAGGACCAAAUAAGAUUCAACAUUUCUUAACAUACCUAUAAUUCUCACCACAUUGGGAAGAACAAUCAUGUCUUUGUGAGUUAUUUAACAUGUUUUCCAGUGAUUUUCUGUUGGCUCUUUUGUACCUUCACCAUGAGAAAAAUAUAUUUAUGAGAAGGUAUCUAAAAAACAAUCAAAUGCGAUGGACAGUCACCUAAUGUCAGUGCGCUUCCAAAUGUGUUCAUGGGUUGGGCCUGUUAAUGUUACGAGCGUUCAUAAGCAUUGAACACACUGACAUCUGAGAGUGCGGGAUUUGCACCCUGUACUUUAAGGGAAGUGCUGUGAAUUUUAUAUAUAUAUGUGUACACAUGCUAUAUUUAUAUUAAAAUAUCCCCCUCCUCCCCAAGAAUGGUUUUAUAGUGGCGUUUACUUUUGUAAGUCAAAAAUACUGCUAAUGUAUAAUGCUUUUUUUUUUUUUACAAUUUGCAAUAUUUCACUGAAUGCAAUGUACUGUAUUUUGAUAACGUUUCUAUUUGCUUUUGAAAAUCCAUCGUAUUGUAUCAAUAUGAAUGGACCUGAAUUUUCCUACUAAUGAAGUGUUUCUGAUAAAACCUUUGAUAUGGA